CACUGUAGUAUUUGGUGUCUCUCGUUGCAGGAGCGGGAGCGGGAGCACUGGAUUGAAUCUCUCCUCUGAAACUGUGCAUAGCUUAGAAUAAAGUUCAGACUAUGUUAUCAAACAGGAAUCCCCUUGAUUCAUUGUCUCUCUAAGGCGGGGGAGCUGGGAACACCCCCAGGAUCCAGGAACAGCUGAAAUGUUUCUCGCAGACACUUGAGGCAGAAUCCAGAGGAAGAGAGAUCAGAGAGAGACUGGAGACCCCAACAGCCAUGGCCUCCUCCCUUUCAGGCUUGGACAUGCAAGAGGAAGUCAUCUGCCCCAUCUGCCUGGAGUACCUGACCGACCCGGUGAGCGUAGACUGCGGGCACAACUUCUGCCGAGGCUGCGUCACCCAGUACUGCGCGGAAUGGGCGGGACGCGGAUCCCUGAUGUGUCCCGUCUGCAGAUCCCAAAUUCUGAAAGGGAACCUCAGGCCCAGCUGGCAGCUGGGAAACCUCGUGGAAAAAAUGAAACACGUGGCUGUGUGCGCGAGGCACAAAAAGACCCUGGAUCUGUUCUGCGAGGAGGACGGGGAAGCCGUGUGUGUGGUUUGUGAGAGAUCCCCCCAGCACAGAUCUCACACGGUGCUGCUCAUAGAGGAGUCUGCCCAGAAGUACAAGGAAAAAAUCCAGGACCAUUUGAAGUCUCUGAGGGAAGAGAGAGAAAAGCUGCUGGGAUUUAAAGUGACUGGAGAGGGGAAAAGCCGGGAGUAUCUGAAACAAACACAAACCGAGAGGCAGAAGAUUCUGUCUGAAUUUCAGCAACUGCGGCAGUUCCUGGAGGAACAAGAGCAACUCCUGCUGGCCCAGCUGGAAAAACUGGACAAGGAGAUUUUGAGGAUACAGAAGGAAAAUGUCACCAAACUCUCCGAGGAGAUUUCCCAUCUCAAUGAGCUGAUCCGUGAGAUGGAGGGGAAGUGUCAGAAGCCAGCGAGUGAAUUCCUGCAGGAUGUCAGAAGCACCUUGAGCAGGUGUGAGAAGUGGAAGUUCCAGCAGCCGGUGGAAACUUCUCCUGAACUGGAAAAGAGACUCAGUGUUUUGUCUCAUAAAAAUGUUGCUUUAAUGGAGACUCUGAGGCAGUUCAAAGACACUCUGCCGUCGGAGCUGGAGAGCAAAGGAUGGAAAUGCCUAGGAUCACAGAGAGAGGACACACUGCCAUCUGAUCUGGAGCAGGGAAGGGGAAAAUAUUUGGGAUCACACGCCAACGUGCACAUGACUCUGGAUCCAGACACGGCUCAUCCCCAACUCGUCCUGUCUGAGGAUGGGAAAACCGUGAGAUAUGGACGCCUAUGGAACAAACUGCCCAACACGACCAAGAGAUUUGAUUACGAGCGCUGCGUGCUGGGCAGUGAGGGAUUCACCUCAGGGAGACAUUGCUGGGAGGUGGAGGCGGGGGAGCGAGGGGGCUGGGCCAUGGGGGUGGCCAGAGAGUCUCUGGGGAGGAAGGGAGAGAUCAGCUUUAACCCUGAGGGGGGGAUCUGGGCUAUGGAGUACUGGGAGGGUCAGUACUGGGCUCUCACUGACCCCCUGACUCCUCUGCCCCUGAGCCAGGUCCCCAGGAGGAUCUGGGUUUAUCUGGACUACAAACAGGGGCAGGUGGCAUUUUUUAAUGCCGAUAACGAAUCCUUGAUCUUCACUUUCCCGCCGGCCUCUUUUGCUGAGGAGAGAAUCCGCCCUUUCUUUGUGGUCUGGGAAACCGAGUCCCAGCUCAGACUGUGUCCCUGA